UAAUUGGUUUUCCCAACUUCAAUGAAACUGAAGAACGUAUCUUCAAAACAGCGGAGUAUUUAUUAAAAAACGCCAUGAAGUCGUAUACAGUCAUACAUGAGCGUCGUGUUUGUUGCAGUUUUAUUAAGCUGAUGGCUGUCGUUUGUCUGUGUUCACGGGUAACCGAUUGCAAAGUUACCAAAGAAGAAGAACCAGAAAUCCGAAUACGAAAAAUCGAAUGGGGUUCCACGGCAGCCAUAGAAUGCUCUGGAAAUACUGAACUCACUUUUCAAUUUAAGAGAGCUGAUUCUAAUAUAACAAUGAACAUAGCCGAGUGUGAAUCAAAGGUUCAGUCAUGUAAUCUACUGGAUAAGAAGUAUAAGGAGUAUUACACUGUUGCGCACACAGGUUCGGGAGGUAUCAUGUUUGUGAUCAGACUAAACGAAGACACAUACGGGACAUACACUUGUGUUGCAACGUACAAAUCCAGCAUAUCAGCAAGCGUGGAUGUGUUGAAAGCAAUCAAAGAAGAAGAACCAGAAAUCCGAAUACGAAAAAUCGAAUGGGGUUCCACGGCAGCCAUAGAAUGCUCUGGAAAUACUGAACUCACUUUUCAAUUUAAGAGAGCUGAUUCUAAUAUAACAAUGAACAUAGCCGAGUGUGAAUCAAAGGUUCAGUCAUGUAAUCUACUGGACAAUAAGAAGUAUACCGAGUAUUACACUGUUGCCCACACAGGUUCGGGAGGUAUCAUAUUUGUGAUCAGACUAAACGAGGACACAUACGGGACAUACAGUUGUGUUGCAACGUUCAAUUCCAGUAUAUCAGCAAGCGUGGAUGUGUUGAAAGAGAUCAAGGAGGAACAACCCGAAAUCCGAAUACGAAAAAUGGAAUUUGGUUCAACGGCAGCCAUAGAAUGCAUCGGAAAUACUGAUAUAACUUUUCAAUUUAAAAGUGAUUAUUUUACUACAACGAUAAACAUAGCGGAAUGUGGAUCAAAGGUUCAGUUAUGUAGUCUAAUUGAUGAGAAGUAUGCCAAGUAUUACAGUGUCUCACAUACAGGUUCUGGAGGUAUUCUGUCCAUACACAGUCUGAACGAGGACACAUAUGGGACAUACACGUGUGUUGCAAAAUACUAUUCGAAUAUGUCAGCAAGUACACAAAUAUAUCCACCGAGAAGUGUCGUUUCACCAGGACUGAAAGGGGCUGUAACGACCUUUCGGACUUUCAAUGAUGUGACCAAUAACUACACGAACGUACGAUACGCAUAUGCAUUUGUUAUAUUGUUAUGUAUAGGGGUUGCAUUAGUUUUAGCUAAAUUUUGCACAUGCAAACUGCCUCGAUUCCUUCCCGGAACCGACGCUGGUAAAAUUUAACAUACCAUAUGUGGUAUAAGACUUCAGUAAUUGAAAUUUCAUUUUUGUGUGUUUAAUGAUCAAGCUUAAUGUUUCUUGAGCAAUGCCUUGUAUGUUUAUGUCAAAAUGUUGUAAAUACAUUUUUGGAUUCUAACGUUUCGGUUUUAUCUCCUUGUAGGGUCUCUUUAUAGUGUAAAAGUUACCGUUUAACUACCAUUACAAUAAUUAUUAAUGGUUACUCCAUCGUAUAACUCUAUAAUCUAAUAGACUUUUGCAAUGUUUCACCUUAAUUUGAUGUAAACUUGUAUUGCAUGUGUGUGCGUGUGUGCUUAUGUGGUGCUUGUGCAUGUGCAGACGUGUGAUUGCACAACUAAAAAGCAGUGAUAUUUGCCCACCAUAAAUGUUAAAACGCUGCGUGAGUUUAUUAGGUUAUGAAACAUGAGUAAAGUGUGGACUACAAUGUACAAUCGUUGUUAAUAUCAAACUGUACUUUGCCUUAGUGUGUAUGUUUGAGAUGUCACUUAAGUUGUUGUUGCAUUAAUUAUUAAUUAAUUAAUUACAAUAUUUAUGCAUUUUGUGCAAUUCUAACGCAUUUGUAUAUAUGUAAGUGUGUACGUUUUCGUAAAUUAUCAUCGUUCAACUGA